GAGCAGUUCUGUCUGGCUCAGCAGUCGUACAUUUAAGAAUGUAUGUGACAUCUACGAGGAGUUCAAAUAACUUAAUGUUAUUUUCAAUCAACCUAGCCUUUGUACUGAAAAAUGGCAAGUUACAGAUGUUAUAGUAGAUCCGAGUCCUCUCUGGAACACAGGACGGGUUAAUCCUGUCGCUAUUGUUCGAAAACCUGCCCUUCCUAAUUCCACAGUCCUCCGGGAGCUCCUGUGUUGACAUACAUAGGCUUAAAGAACAUUUCUAGCAGGUCGCAGCAGAGUAAUGAGUGAAUGGCAUAAAGAGGCGUACUCAUUUUGCAUCAGGGCCUUGUCACAACCACGUUGAAACUGCUGCGCGUGCUGGCCUCGUUAACUGAGCUUGCUGGGCCACACCGCAUUUCCUGAACCGCAAACACCCGCCUCCUGCUGGAUGUGACGUAGAAAAAGAUGUACAUUCAUGUUCUUGAUUGGCUGUUGCACCCGUCCGUCAACUCUUAUUCCUGAUUCACUGAUUUGACGCUGACGGCAGUGGGCGGGCGCAAGUAAGAAAAUUAUAAGGUCAUUUGAAUUACGCCUGCUAGUGAGCUUAUCGGCUACAAUGAAGCCAGUGAUAAUAUUGAUGAUUAUGGCAAUGAACGGAUGAUGAUCGUGGGAUCAAAGUCGACGGAGACUGCCAGGCGAUUUCGAAGAAGGAGCAGCGGGUCGUUGUGAUAUUAACAAAGGGGGGGGGAUCCCAGUACUUGUGUCAGCCCGUGUGCGUUUCUCUGUCAAGCCGACCGAGCGGCGGUGAAGAGCGGAGGGAGGGAGAGAGUGGGGGGGGGCGACCAGGCUAGCCUGUAAGCCGAUCAAGGUGGAAUUGCACACAACGACUUUCACGUUUGGGAUUUCUGCGUACCUGCAUGCUGUGAAGGAGGUGCAAGGAUGAUGCGUCUAGCAUGCUGCACUGCCCUGCUUUUUGUGUUGAGGCUGCUGGUGGGCUUGCCCUGGUACCAGGUUCUUCCAGCCAUCCUGAUCUUCUAUCUGGGAAGUGGAGGAUGGAACUUCCUGGAUAUCUUUGCUAAAACAGUUGGCAGAGACUUACAUGCAGCCAGUGUUUUACUGCGGGUGAAACUGAACGUCAGGCGCCACCUCAGAGAGAAGAACACUAUUCCCAAGAUCUUUGCUGAAACGGUGCACCGUCAUGGGGACAAAACAGCGCUCAUCUUCGAGGGCACUGGGGAGAGAUGGACUUUCCGACAGUUGGAUGAAUACUCCAACAGAGUGGCUAACCUGCUAUUGGAAAGAGGCUUUAAGGAAGGUGAUGUGGUGGCCCUUUUCAUGGAGAACAGAUCGCAGUACGUGGGCAUAUGGUUGGGCAUGGCUAAAAUUGGAGUAGAAGCGGCUCUCAUCAACUUCAAUUUAAGACUAGAUGCUUUGGUCCACUGUGUCACCAUCUCCAAUGCCAAGGCUGUGAUCUUUGGUUCAGAGCUAACUGAUGCUGUGUCUGAAGUCCAUAGUUCAAUGGGGAAGGCAGUGCAGAUGUUUUGCUCUGGAGACUGGGAUCCCAAACGAGUCCCACAGGGAACAGAGUGCCUCGAGCCCCUGGUGGCUGGUGCCCCUUCUCAUCUACCCCCUCGGCCAGAUCGCAGCUUCGUAGAUCGCCUGUUCUACAUCUACACAUCAGGAACCACUGGGAUGCCUAAAGCAGCUAUUGUUGUGCACAGCAGGUACUAUCGCAUGGCAGCUUUGGUGUAUUAUGGCUUUAGGAUGACAUCAGACGAUGUAUUGUAUGAUUGCCUUCCACUUUACCACUCUGCAGGAAACAUUGUGGGAGUUGGCCAGUGCCUAAUACAUGGCAUGACUGUAGUCAUCAGAAAGAAGUUCUCUGCCUCACGGUUCUGGGAUGACUGUGUCAAAUAUAACUGCACGAUUGUGCAGUACAUUGGAGAAAUCUGCCGGUAUCUAUUGAACCAGCCAGUUCGUGACACAGAGCGACAGCACCGUGUGCGCAUGGCACUGGGCAACGGCCUGCGUCAGUCCAUAUGGGAGGAAUUCAUGAACCGCUUCAACAUUUCACAGAUUGCAGAGUUUUAUGGAGCCACAGAGUGCAAUUGCAGUCUGGGCAACUUUGAUAACAAGAUGGGAGCGUGCGGCUUCAACAGUCAGAUUCUACCCUUCAUCUACCCCAUCAGACUGGUGAGGGUUGAUGAAGAGACCAUGGAGCUAAUUAGGGGACCUGAUGGUGUCUGUAUUCCUUGUAAACCUGGUGAGCCUGGACAGCUUGUUGGCAGAAUCAUUCAGAAUGACCCUCUACGUAGGUUUGACGGCUACGUCAGCCAAACAGCAACUGACAAGAAGAUUGCUCAUAGUGUGUUUAAGAAGGGAGAUAGUGCCUAUCUGUCAGGUGAUGUGCUGAUCAUGGAUAAGUAUGGCCACAUGUACUUCAAAGACCGAACAGGAGACACUUUCCGCUGGAAAGGAGAGAAUGUCUCAACAACCGAGGUGGAAGGAACUCUAAGCAGACUCCUAGAUAUGAAGGAUGUCGUUGUGUAUGGAGUGGAAGUACCAGGAGCAGAGGGAAAGGCUGGAAUGGCAGCCAUUGCCGAUCCAUCUCACUCCACUAACCUGGAGAAGUUUGUGAAAGACAUGGAGAAGGCUCUCCCUCCAUAUGCCAGACCUGUCUUCCUCCGCUUCCUCCCAGAGGUCAACAAGACAGGUACUUUUAAGUUUCAGAAGACAGAGUUGCGUCGGGACAGCUUUGAUCCCAGCGCAGUGUCAGGCAGACUGUACUUCCUGGAUUCCAGCAAAGGGCGCUACGUGCAGCUGGACGAGGAGCUGUACCGCUCCAUUCUGUCAGGGAAAUGCAAAUUGUGAUGACCAGGCUGACCACUACAUCAACACACACACACAUACUUGCACACACACACACACUUUCACACACAAAUACAGAAGACAAUAUGUGUGACCAAAUUAGAAGAUUUUGUCCCCUUAGUCACAAAAAUAAUACAUUACAAUAAAGAAGAGAAUAGCCAUAUACAGGCCAACACACACACACGUAUUCCCAAAACCACUUUGCUCUUUAACAUCCUUAAUAACAGAUUGAUGCACGUCACGCUCAAAAACACACACUCCACUCUGCCCGUCGCUCCUGAAUACUCCUCAACAACUUCUCUCGCUACCUCAGCAAACAAAGAGAGAGGCACAAACCUAGAAAGCAGGUCUGCUUGGUGACUUGAAGCCACCCUUCAUAACCACGCACUCCCUCGCCCACCAACAGAUCUCAUACACUCCCACCUGUAAACGCUGGUCCAUUAAACCACAGGUUAUUGUUGGCAUGAAGGAGGAACAAGAGGAGAGGAAUAGGCUGCCUAGCAUCCAGGAUGCAAAAACUUGACACUCCAGAUAAACACAGACUUAAAGGAUGCUGAUGAAGAACAUGGAUUAAGUACAUUAAAUAUGUGAGAUAACAGAGGGACCUACUUGGACCUAAACUAUCUCUCUGUUCAUUGUUCUGUUAGUGAGAUUGUUUUGUGACAGACUGAAGCUACUGCUGUCGACUUAACCUGCACAAUUAGCCAUAAGUGACAAACAUGUGGAAUAGCUACAUACGUCCUGUUUUAGGUCAAAUGUAUCAAAGCAUUUCCUUUAACUCUCAGCUCUUUGUCUUUUCUUUUCCAUUCCUGUUGUAUUACAGCAAAUCCAAAGGCUUUCUUUCUUUCUUUGCUUUUUAAAGACCAACAUAUUUGACCUCUAACAGAAGUAAAAACAAAGUCCAGUGGUUGAAGGUGUAAAUAGGGCUCUAGCAAUUGCAGUGCAAUAAUUAUCCACAUCGGAAAUGAAGAAAAACAAAGCUUUGUAUUUAAAUGUCUGAGAUACACCAAAUAUAUUUAAGUUGUAGUUUCUACAUAUUUAAGAAAAUACAGACAUUAAUUUAUUUUGUUAGUCUUUCUGUUGUCUUUUUUCUGCUUUGUGUGUAUCCAAAUCUGUGCUUCAAUGGCUUGGGGAGUCCUCCUUAUAUCAGCUGUUAAAACACAAAGUCAUGUGAUCAGACUGAUUCAAUCCUGGACUAAAUACAUGGAGCUAUUUCCAUAAACAGGACUUGUUCACAUACUGAGCAUGAGUCCAGUAUUGCUGUGUGGCUGUUUUGUGCAGGUUUUGUCCUGAAAGGUAGACUUUGCCUAUAUUAGGGUGUGUAUAUUCUUUUAUAUUAUAUAAAUUUGAGUGAAGUGGCAAAAGCACCUGAUCAGUGAGGAGUUUAUCUGGUGCUAAAAGGGAUGUUCUACAAGUUGAGGGAAUGCUGAAUGAUCCAAAGAUUCAAAGGCGGGAGCAGGAACAUUUGAACUGGAAGGAGUGCAUCAACAUGGAGCAGUAGAAGAAGAGAAGACAACAUGCUUUGUCAUCAAUGUUAUUGUCUGUUGUUUGCAGUAGAUGUUCUCUGAGGUUGUAGCAGCAUGAAUGAGCAUCAUCAACCACAAGCAGAGCACUGUGCCUUACUGUGAGUUCACCUCCCAGGUUCACAGGCCCUGGCCCACACGCUUCCUUUUUGGACUUCAUCUUUCACUCUCUGUUGGUGUCCGUCUUCCAUGACCUAAUUUUGUCUGUCUCCGAAUUACCUGACAUACUAGUCAUGCAAAUCUGGCGCGGAUCACAGGAGCUCCAAAUAUUUUCCUGAAAAUUGUCUGAUAACUAUUCACGGCAGCCACUGGACUGGCAUCUUUAUCCUGCCAGGUGCAGGAAGGGUUUGUUUUUGUCAUUGGGCAGGGGUCCAAUUUCCCAAGGCUGCUGUGAUAGCAAUUCCAAUGACCAACCUAUACUUCUUGUUUUUAAACUCUUCUGUUCUUUUAGUCCUAAUUGUAACUUUAACAUGUCUGCUAACAGUUUUAUUUGCUUUGUAUUUCUUUCUUGGGUUGUCAUAUAGUAUUUUACCCGAGUUUCUGUUUGCUCAGCACUUUUAUUUUAAGCCUUUAUUGUACUUUCUGCCAACCGGCCCAUUCCUUUCCCUUCAUCUCUUCCCCGUUCUCCUCUCCCUCCAAUCCCAUCCGUUUCUCUCGGGUACUCAUUUCCUGCUUCGUGUUAUUACUGAUUCAGACAUUUGUUCAAAACAAAAAAUCUGAAUACAUCUCACAUAUUUCCUAAGUUCCUAAUUGCAACUUGAUGGUUUUAUUUACGGUAGUUGACUUUUAAGAUGGUUCAGAAGGUCUCGUAACAUGACGUUCCAAACAAACGCUCAAAACCUUUUUGCAAAUAUUGUUUACCAAAGUGUGUUGUUUGUAGUCUGCCAUUACCCUGUUUGUGUGUGUGUGUGUUUUUGUUUUUCUUCUUACAUUGCAACUGAUCACAUCCUAAGUUGCCUACAAUACAGCAAGUUAUCUUUUUCAGCAGUUUAUGUUUAAACUGUUUCGACAGAUUUGUUGCUGCUUCCUCCGUCUCUCUCAUUAACUUGUAUUUAUUCUUUAAUGAUGAGUGUGAAAUGUUCUCAUGAAUGUAUGAAAAAGAAAAUAAGUGAUGGUGAUGGUGAUCAUGUUCGGUAAAGUCUGAUUUGUAUAUCCAAAGGGAACUCAGUUUGGCUGUUAUGAUGCUUCUACCUGAGGGGUUGCAUUCAUCGACCCUGACCACCAGGGGGCGUGUGAUUAAACAGUCCCACAAAGAGCACUCUGAAGAGGAUGUUUCCAUUAUUUUUAAUGAGUUAAAUUAUUAUUUUUGAACAACUGUUAAUUGAACUUUGAUUGUUUUACUGCUACAUCUGUUUGCUUUUGUGUUGUUUGUGUGAAAUCAUAGCUUUUUUGUGGUUUUGAUAUAAGAAAAGAGGAUUCAUGCAUUUUGAAAGACAAUCGAAUGGCUUUUUGUUUUUUCUCUUAGCAGGAUCUGCUGGGGGGGGGGGGGGGGUUGGUUCAGGGAAACACUUGAUUUUUUUGCAUCUACUCAGAGCUCUUUGUUUUGUGAUGUCUGAGAGAAUAAAUAUUGAGUCAGAAACUACACUAUACAAACUAGGCAUGGUCAUGAUCACGCAUGAUACUUUGUUUAAGAAGUUUAAAACUGAUUCAGAUCUUUCAUUUAGCAUGUCAUUAAAAUGACUCUGAGGAACCAAGUUCCCAUACCAUCUGAAUACAUUUACAUUAUCGUUGUACAGUUUGGAUUUAACAUGAGUCCCUAACACACUCACACAUGGAGAUCGGUGUGACCAUUCAGCUUCUCUCAUACUAAGAAAUCAACAAAACUUCUGAAAUGGUCAAAUUUGGUGAGGAAAGCCUCAAAGGCUUCAAGCUGUCACCAGUCUUCCCAGCUCAUAAUGAGAUCGGUCAAUGUAUGUCGCUUCAAAUACAAGUGACGAGUCACCUCUUAAGGCACAGUUAAGUUAAACUGAGUGGUGAUCACGCAGCCUGGCUGUUUUAUGUAUAACACAUCUUUUUGUGUUGCACUUUUCUUUGUUCCUCCCUGUCGUGGUUCAAACAUGUCUGCCUACAUAUGUGGAAAAGGAUUAGUUUGUUUUUAAUUCAGUAUAUAUAAUUUUAUUGUCUCACUCCAUAGACAGCAGUUCUGUGCAGAGUGCGUAGAGGAGGUCUGUGAGGUGUGCUGUGUGUGUGACACACUGAUGUCCACUGAAGGCUCAUUGUAUACAUCAUGCAUCUCAAGAAAAUGAGAUAAAAGCAGAGCUGCAAAUGGAAAAACCAUCAUUAUUAAUAAAAAAAUAUUUAAACUCUUCACUGGACUCUGAUUGCAAUGACACUUUUUUUUCUUCUGAUGAUGCAGACUGUCGAGUUUGAAUUCUGAUAGUGAGAUAGGCUCCUCUUAAUGGCUGUACCAAAUAUCGGGCUAAGCAGGUCAUUUUAGAUCAAGGUGUGUCCUAAAAAAGGAAUGUGAAGGUAACUUUAAUGUAAUAAACUAUUAAACUGA